GCAAAAGGAACCCACGGGGAGACAACCCAGAGGACGUCUGAACAAACAGAGCAGGCUCUUCACACAACUUUGGAGACUCUGCAGCUAUCAGCCUGUCUCUAAAAUGGUUGCAAGCCAUGUACUCUGAUGCAUGGUUUUUCUCACUGACCAUCUAGACAUUAUGGCCAGCAUGAUGAGAGUUUGUCUGAUCCUCCUUUGGAUAAGAAUCGUAGUCCAGCCACACACACUUCAGUGUAAAGCAGUUCAGGUUUUCCCACCUGUUAACUUCACCCUUACGGUCUCUGCAUUAGCACAAGUACUUCUAAGCUGGAAGCUAAGUCCUAAUCAGGAACAAAAGAAUUACACUAUUAGAUAUGAUGUGAAAAUCUUAACUCCUGUGUUCGAAGAGUAUGAUACAGUGAAGACUCACAGUUUCCAAACAGCUGUACUUCACAAUGGUUUCUCUGCACAUGUCCGGACAUUACUUUUCCAUCAGGGUCUUCAGAUGACAAGUGACUGGGUGACAGCAGAACUCCUGCCUCCACCGGGUGCUGAAAAUACAGCUGUCACUGAUUUGUCCUGUGUUACUCACUUCACCAUUUCUAGCACUGUUUCUCUCCACUGCACUUGGCUUCCUGGCAAAGGGGCACCAGAAGAUACUAAGUACUUUCUGUUUUACAGGUAUGAGACAUACAUGGAAGAAUGCCAAGAUUAUACCAAAGACAAGUGGAACAGGAAUAUAGAGUGCAGAUUCCCAGUGACUCAUAUUGUUCCCGGUGAGAUUGAUGAGCUCAUUGUAAUACACAUUAAUGGCUCCAGCAAGUAUGCUGCAAUCAAGCCUUUCCAGCAGUUAUUUAACCAAAAUGCCAUUGAGAAGGUGAAUGUUCCCAGAAACGUCACUGUAUUCUUAGAGCAAAAUGAUCUUGUGGCCACAUGGGAGAAGCCACUUUCUACUUUCCCUAAAAGCUGUUUUGAAUAUGAAUUUUACCUCGUCAACUUGAAGUCAGGUAACAAGCAGGUGUCAAAAACAUAUUCACAUGACUUCAGAUUACGGAUUGAUGUUACCUGCAGAUAUUCCAUACAAGUAAGAGCAAAUCAUCACACGUGUGCUGUAAAUGGAUUUUGGAGUGACUGGAGUGAAAUUCUUUAUAUUGGAGAAAACAAACAGGAGAAUCAUAUAGUCUGGAGUCUUGCUGUGCUUUGUGUAUCCACAUGCUCUACCGUCACGCUUAUUGCUAUAGCAUGCAAAUCACAACACAUGUGGAGCAAACUGUUUCCGCCCAUUCCGACGCCCAGGAUCAAAUUCAGAGAUCCCUUUCCAAAUCACUAUGAGAGGGCACGCAGCUGCCCCAGCGAGAUGUGGUUGGAGCCGGGCCUGGCCGAGGGCCUCCCCUGCAGCCCUCUGCACGACGACGUCUUCUGAGGCAGCCAUGAGGCGACAUGUGAAGAACUGCCCGGCUGUGGUUCCAGCAUUGUUUGUUCAUUCAUUUAGAUCUGGUGUGAGUGGUGUGGAAAGAGCAUGGUGGUGGUGCCAAUGGCAAGGUGACAGCCCCAACCUACAGACAUGGUGCAAGAGGUCACAGCGUAAGGGGAAAAAAAAUAAAAAAGCAACUCUUUCCUGGCACAUUCUGAUGCCCUUCCUCAGCCCCAUCUAUAAAACACAGCCUGGGAACACAGUCCUCAGUUAUGCAUAGCUAAGGAAGUUUGCUGAGGAGCUCCCUAUGGUUUUACCAAGGCUUUCUGAUACUAAAGGAGCUGGGCCCCUCCUCCAUCUCUAAUUCCAACUGCCUUCAGGUGAGUUUGAAAAUCCAAGCCCAAUAUUGCAGCUCAUUCUUCUUACCCAUCCAAGCAAGUUACCAGACCUGCCUGAAGCCACCCAAGCAGCUCUGGUCUGCCCUCACCAGCUGCUCUGCUCUUCAUGUUCUGCCCAAAGAGCCACCCAGCCACCCCGAACACAUAAGCAUGGAAUAGUAAGACAAAAAAACAACAAAACACCGAGCAAUGAAGUUGUUUGGAAAGUGCCUAAACAUAAUGGAGUUCCCAGGUGCUAAAGACUAGAAAUAAUUAUAAUAAACGAGGCAGCUCUCAUCUGGGUGAAAUAGCAUGGCUCCAUCAAAAUUAAUGUAGCUCAAUAAUAUAACAAUAUUUGUGCCUCAAAUGUCUCUACUACUUGUGAUUGGAAUGGAUUGGAGGUGCCCAGCUUUAACAGUCUGAAAAUCAGUAUUUCAUUAGUAAAAUCCUAAAAACGAGAUGAAAGAGAAUUCAUUUACUGUAAUGUAUUUCAUUUAUGUCACGGCUUCAAGUACUCUAAUAAAUAAGAUUUCUAAAUAUAAUUUCACUCCCAUUAAUGGAAAGGUACUGCAGUGAUUAAUGCAAUACAUUUUGGUGUAGUUUGCAUUUGAGCUGUGCACUGUGAAUGCUCUGCACUUGCAGUGAAAGCUUUCAGCUCUCGGGGCACCAGCUUGGACAGGUAUCCACAUUUCUGCUAAAAGCUUCAGACAUGACAGAUAAGCUUGGGGUUUUCCAUACUGCUGGUGGGGACGAUGGGAAAACAACACAAACAAUCGCAGUCUGGAUUUCUGUGCUUUUUCCCCAAAGCCACGCUCAGGUGCCCGCCACCAGGUGCCAAGCUCCCUACCUCCAUCUGAGUGUCACCGCUUCUCCUUCCCCAUGCAAUGUUCAGAAUCACGAGCCUUGCCUGCGCUGCUGGUUGGGAGCUGAUGAAACUGCCUGACACGCGGCCGGGCUGAGUGCUGCACGGCCCUAUGGUGGCACGAAGACAUUAAAACAUGAAUUUUUCAAUUACUACUUAGGCUGCAUUCCGAUGAAAAAGAAAUCCUUUCAAAAACAUGGCUAUUUUCACUGUUUUAAUAAAUCUUUGUACAUUUCCCAUAAAAGAUGAUGACUUUACAAUUUCUUUCUAAAAAACUGAAUCGCGUACUUUUGGUUUUAAGCAUUACUGACGGGCGAAGUGCAGUGGUGUUUCUUCCAAAGGAAAACACCCAAGAUUGGCUGGGCUCCAGUCGCACAACUUACACUGCCACGCUUAAAGAACACAAUUAGAAACACAAAACGUUGCCACAAUUCACAAAGACAAGAAGGAAGCGAUGCCUUACCUGGGGGGAGAGAAGCAUUUGUUUUGUUUCUGAUCCCUUCUUAUAUCUUGGUGAGACUCAGAGAUGCCCAAGCUGCACUCCAACAACGCCAGCCUGCGUGGAAGUUUUGAAAGUUCAGGACUCUACAGAAAUAGCUGCUCUCACCCCAAUAGACUUACUCUGAAGCAAACUUCUCUGUGGUCCCCCCAGGUGGGGAGGAGCCGGGUGGGCACUGGGUGCUGACAUUUGUCAUUGUGGGUGCAAAGGGAUGGGGUGGAGAAAUGCUCCUGGCAGACAGGUAUCUUUACAAAUGACAGAAUAUUUAUUAACAAUACCUUUAAAAAAAGGUUACAUCUGCUAGUUCACUGAUAAAUAUCAUUUACACUGGGGAGAAAACUACAGCUCUUUUUUUUUUUCUUCCAUUUUUCUUGGUUUUGUGGUUUUUUUUUUCUUUUUUCUUUUUUUUUCUUUU